AGGCAAUCCAAACAUGGUGAAUAUUGCCGGGAGAUCCAAAGGGUGCUCCACUUGUCGCAAGAAGCGGGUCAAAUGCGAUGAAAACCGGCCCAUCUGUACACGGUGCCUGAAUCGAGGCUUAGAAUGUGAUGGCGCGAAAGAAAUAUCAUUCGUCGAAGCCAAGAUUGUCAGGUCUCGGAGGAGCGAUAAGAGUGUCGCCAUGUCAUCAGACGCCGUCGUCGACGCUACGGGUGCCCCAUCUUCACCACUCAAAGGCAAUGAGCUGGAAAUCUACAUCUGUUACACCAUGGAAAACUGUCUCCGCGGCGGAAUUGUCAACACGACCUUGAAAGCAGCUCCAAUGAACGAAAUCAUAACAGCAGCCACGACACCCAACGGCAAGAUCUUCCAUCACGCCGUCCUAAGUCUGGCCGUCCUAUUCUUCGGCACCGAGCACAGACAAAGCAAAAUCACGGUCAAAGGGUACGCCAUGCAUGGCGUAGCACUCAAACGGCUGAAUCAAGCAUUAGCCGUUCCAGGUUGUUACGCUCACGACGAGGUUAUCCUAGCGGUCGUCACGCUCGCUUUGCUAGAGUGCUUUAUUCCCACUGGCCCGAAUCACUUCUUGAAACAUAUGUCUGGCCUGGAAAGACUUCUCGAGCUUCGAGGGCCGGGGACAGAGGGGUAUUCGUCCAGCUCCUCGAAAUUGGGGAGAGGUGCGAGACAUAUGAUUCUGUUCGCCUCAUUACGGACUGGGAAGCCGUCUAUUCUAGCGAGACCAGAAUGGAAGGCUGCUUUGAGGAUAGAUUGUCCUGUUGAACAGUUACCAGAACAAGACUUGAUUGAUAUCUUGGCAGAUUGUACAGUCUUAGUCGCAGGAAGCGAGAAGAUAUUAGCAAACGGAGGACUCGAGCUGGAGGGGAAUGCGCGCCAGCGAGACGAGAUAGAGGUCAAGGCUCUCUCUUUACUGGAACAACUUCGCGCAUGGAAACGAGGGUGGGAUACAGAUCUGAAAAAUGCCUAUUUCGAAACCUUGAUCGCGCCAGAAAGAGUACAGCCAACAGCAAACUGGACAGACAACUCACCUCCAUUCCUCACCAUCUUCGAGUUUUCGAACGAUGUCUCUGCCACCAACUUCAUGCUCUAUCACGCAGUCACCAUAUAUAUCCUCCGAGUCCUCAAAUCGAUCACCAUUCAAACUUCGAGUCCAAUGCAAAAUUACUCUCAAGACCCCACUCUACAAAAACAAACCAAAGACGAAUACAUAGCCGCAGAGCGCCUAGCAGCCUUGGACGUCUGUCGCGCCGUACCCUACUACAUAGGUCUGAAAGCAGGCUUAGAUCUAUGCCAUUCACCAGUCGUGCACAUGGGUGUCAUAACAGCUUGGAUAACACUUGGUGGCGUUGAGUCUGCGGAAGGAAAAUGGAUGAUGGAGUUGCUGAACGCUGAAAGUCGAGAGGUUAUUGCGAAAGGCCUGUGGGUUGGUUGAUCUAUAUAUGGUGCUUGUAGACUUUUCCAAUAACAUAAAUUUCUUCUCAUCAUGGCUUGUCUACCUGUUGGA